GCUAAACUCUUCUAUCCUUCACCUCAACCCGUGAAUCUCAGCUAAAAAAAAAUGUCUGGAAAAUUCGAGCCCAAAGUCCCUGUCCAGCUGGACCCUCCCAAGAGCGAUCCCAUCUCUCUCGAGGCUCUGGCUGCUGCCAACGGUGUUGAUGGAGCAAAGACCUACGUUGCAAUCAAGGGCAAAGUCUAUGAUGUGACUGGCAACAAGGCGUAUCAGCCUGGAGGCUCAUACCACGUCUUUGUUGGAAAGGAUGCUUCCAGAGCACUGGGAAAGACAUCAACCAAGCCCGAAGAUGUCGUGCCAGAGUGGCAAGACCUCAGCGACAAGGAAAAGGGGACUCUCGAGGACUGGGUGACGUUCUUUUCCAAGCGAUACAACGUAGUGGGAGUUGUCGAAGGUGCCACCAACUUAUAAGCACACCGGGAUGGACCUGUGGAUAUAGACGCGAGGCGUGGGCGCUUGGCACAGCGCAUACUGUCACAUACUGAGCUGAAAUGCUUUGGCAUGCGCCAUGAUUAUAGCAGAAUAUUCUCAUCAUUUUCUCAAAGUACAAUCCCCUGCUGCA